AUGGUUUCUUCCCUUCUACCGUCGUCUCUAGACGCCCUAGCCCCUCCUUUUAUCCGUCCAUGUCAUGGUACUCUUCAAUUACGGAAGAUUAUUACCAAGAGCGACCACAUUCACCUGGAGAUUCCGGACGAGGAGCUCUUUGAUCCGGACUUUUACCCACUGUCCGCUACAGAGAUGCAAGAGCUGGAGCAAGUGGAUGAGAUCAAUGAGAUAUUGGCCGAGCUGGAGCUGAUGGAGCAUCAGCAGGAGCUGCAUUACAAAUUGAGUGAGAAGACACGUGAGCUUCGCUCGAACUCGGACGAGGAUGCUGAGAUUUACAACUGGAUGACCAGGACUACUAAAGCCAAGAGUUGUAGCACGAAACAGCAGGUACAUUUUCAGGAUUGGAAAGCUUCCACAACAAGCCAAACACGCUUCAUCACCUCGCUCAAUCAAGUAGAGAGCCGUACACGUUGA